AUGGAGUACAAUUAUUCAGAACCUGAGCCAGUGUACAAUGUAGGUGGAGGAGGCAACUACAGCUGGUGGAGUGUUCCCUAUGUUUAUGCUUCAUUCCCUGUAAUUGUUUUUUCCACAUGCAGCCCAUCAACUAUCAGAUAUUCUUGUCAACCUGUACCUCGUGUAGAAUGUCUUCUGCAGCUUCUAUCCCUCAACUUGGUGUUUUCUUCCAAGAGAGCUGAGAAUGGCACAAUGACUGGAUUGGACAGCAAACUGCAAGCAACCAUCGGAGGGCUGAGUGCCACAGGAGUCCUGGAAGACUUUUCCCUUUACGUCUUCCACCCUUAUGGAGGAAAGCAGCGUGGGGCGACUAUUGCUCCCUAUCUGGCGACAUCUCCCCUGACUGCAUUAACUGACAGUGAACGCAAGGACUCCCUCAGUGUCAUGUUGGAAUUUGUAAAGUUCCACAUUUCAAGAUCACGGAAGAUAAAUUUUAAAACAGAAGACAAAAUACCAAAUUGA